AUGAGGGAGUCAGAGACCAUCAAACAGUACUCUAAUAGGAUAAUGGCCAUAAUCAACAACAUUAGGCUCUUUGAUGAUGAUUUUAGUGAGAGCAGAGUUGUUGAAAAGGUUAUUGCAACUCUUCUUGAAAAAUUUAAGUCAAAGAUCUCUUCAUUGGAGGACUCGAGGGAUUUAUCAACCAUCUCAUUGUCUGAGUUGGUGAAUUCCCUAUAUGCACUUGAGCAAAAGAGGCCCAAUAGGCAGGAAGAGCAUCCUGAAGGAGCUUUCCAAGCAAAGGCCAAAGAAGGCUCAAGUUCUAGCCAAAAAGGGAAGAAACCUUGGGUCAAUAGAAGGGAAAAAUCAAGGAGAGAUGCAAGGAAGAAGAGGUUUCCACCAUGCAUUCACUGGAAGGAACAAGCUCAGCAGCAAAUGCAAGCUCAGGCUGCUGAGGAUCUUCAAGUUCAAAAGGGCAUAUUUUUACAGCCUCCUGUUUUGCAACCUCAAGCAAUGAUUGGUAAUGGAAACCUGAUUGAAGCCAAAGGUAGGGGUAAUAUGGUGAUCAAUACACAAUCAGGUAACAAAGUGAUUUUUGAUGUGCUUUUUGUGCCUGACAUAAAUCAGAAUCUACUUAGUGUUGGUCAGCUUGUAGAAAAAGGUUACUUACUUGCUUUUAAGAAUGGCUCAUGCAUUGUUGAAGAUUCUUAUGGUUAG